AUGCAGGCGAGUCGCUCCAUCCCCCCGAUCGGCGCCAUCCUCACUCCCCCACGCUCAGCCGACGCCGCCGUCGCCGUCUCUGCCGCCCUCAACGUCACCGAGCCCAGCUGCUGCGGCAUCGGCGGAGACGCGUUCUGCCUCUUCUACGAUGCAAAAGCAAAGACCGUCCAGGCCAUGAACGGCUCCGGCCGCUCCCCUGCCAAACUAACCAUCGAUUAUGUUCGUCAGCAGGGGAUCACUGGCAAGACGAUCCCCGUCACAAACCUAAACAGCGUCACCGUCCCAGGUGCCGCCGCUGCAUGGGUGGACACCGUCGACAAGUUUGGCAGCCGCAAGCUAUCCAUGGCAGACGUCCUUGCACCGGCCAUCCGACUCGCAGAAGAAGGCGUGCCCGUAUCGGAGAUCCACUCGCACGCGUGGCAGCGAUCCGAGGAUCUGAUUAAAAGCGCGUCUCCCAGUGGAGACGAGAUGCUUCUCAACGGCAAGGCACCACUCCCUGGCCAGAUCGUCCGCCUCCCCAACCUUGCGAAAACAUUCCGCUCCCUCGUAGAGCAUGGCAAAGACGGUUUCUACAAGGGCAGGGUCGCCCAGGCCAUCGUCGACCUCAUCCAGAGUAAGGGCGGCGUCAUGGAACUCUCCGAUCUCGCCAGUCACGAGACCACCUUCGUGGAUCCUAUCAAGUACACGUUCCACGACGAGGUCACCCUUUAUGAAGGUAUCACCGCGUUGCUCGCGCUCGGUAUUCUCGAAAGCAUGGAGGAGCAGGGCAAGAUCCGCUCCCUCUUGGAGAUGGAACACAACUCCACCGAGUAUCUGCAUGCCCUUGUCGAAUCCCUGCGACUCGCAUUCGCCGACACCCAGUACUACGUCAGUGAUCCUGAUUUCAUCCGCACGCCCGUCGCAGGGCUCUUGAGCAAAGAAUAUCUCGCAACUCGCGCUAAGCUGUUUGAUCCCACAAAGACAAACCCCGAAGUCAUCCACGGAAACCCGGUGUUCUCUUCAGACACCGUUUAUUUCUCUGUAACCGACGAGUGGGGAAACGCAUGCAGUUACAUUCAGAGUAACUACGGUGGUUUCGGCACCGCAGCUAUCCCCAAAGGGUGCGGAUUUACGCUGCAGAACCGCGGCAGCAACUUCUACCUCAUCCCGGGGCACGCAAACGCGUUGGAGGGCGGAAAGCGGCCAUACCACACCAUCAUCCCCGCGAUGGCCCUCCGCGGCGACGAGCUAUUCCUCUGCUACGGUGUCAUGGGCGGAUUCAUGCAGGCAUGUGCUCCACUCCCGCCCCAAUCGCACGCGCCGUGA